GGCUCUGGCUCCUUCACGUGAGAGCUUGAUGGAGCCUGGCGGGAGCUGUCACGUAAGCCUGCGCACCUGUGCAGGAAACAUGACACUCCCCGCACAUGCGCUGCCCGGACCCGCGGGGGGUGGGGGGGUCUUCUCCCUCAGAAGACAUAACCGGAACUGCAAUAACGUUUGUAUAGAAAUGAUCAGGUGGUUUCCUACGGGCUUUCUUCCAAGGCUCCCGUUGACGUUCAGGACCUGUAGAAAACACCUGAGCCAGGUGGAGGAGGAAUCUGUGUCACAUAGUGUGUUUAAGGUGCUCCAGCAUUAUUACCAGAAGAAGCUGAAAUUGGCCAUCAUUGGUCAGAGUCUGUUUGGACAGGAGGUGUACAGCAGCCUGAGGAAGCAGGGCCACAAAGUCGUGGGGGUGUUCACAGUCCCUGACAAAGAUGGCAAAGCGGACCCCCUUGCGGUGGCUGCAGAGAAAGACGGGACACCGCUGUUCAAGUUUCCACGGUGGCGGAACAAGGGGCAGCCCCUCCCUGAGGUGGUGGACGCAUACAAGUCUGUGGGGGCGGAGCUCAACGUCAUGCCUUUCUGCUCCCAGUUCAUUCCUAUGAAUGUUAUUGACCAUCCCAAGCACGGUUCCAUCAUCUAUCACCCCUCCAUCCUGCCCCUGCACAGAGGAGCCUCUGCCAUCAACUGGACCCUGAUCCAUGGAGAUGAAAAAGCUGGUUUUACUGUGUUCUGGGCUGAUGAUGGGCUGGACACCGGCCCCAUCCUGCUGCAGAGAGAGUGUGCGGUGGAGCCUGAUGACACCGUGGACACACUGUACAACCGCUUCCUCUUCCCAGAAGGGAUCAAAGCCAUGGUGGAGUCUGUGCAGCUCAUUGCUGAUGGAAAAGCCCCCAGAAUUCCUCAGCCGGAGGAGGGUGCGAGCUACGAGGGUAUCCAGAGGAAAUCCAACGCCAGGGUUGACUUGGCCCAGCCAGCUAAGGCCAUCCACAACUGGAUCCGAGGCCACGACAAAGUCCCCGGAGCCUGGGCGCUCAUCGGUGGUCAGUCGGUGACUUUCUAUGGCUCAUCCAUGCUGAGCGGGUCGGUCCCAGCCGGCCAGCCCCUGGAGAUCGAGGGAGCGUCCCAACCUGGCAUUAUCUCAAAGAACGGGCUGGUGUUGUUUGGAAAUGACGGGAAGGCUCUCCUAGUGAAGAACCUGCAGUUUGAAGAUGGAAAGAUGAUUCCUGCUUCCAAGUACUUCUCCUCUGGAGAGAACUCAUCUGUGGAGCUGACUAACGAGGAGAAGCAAAUGGCCGAGGAAAUAAGGAACAUCUGGAAGGCCAUCCUCAGCAACGUGCCGGCCAUCGUGGACACCACAGACUUUUUUAAGUCUGGAGCUGCCUCCAUGGAUGUUGUCAGGCUGGUAGAGGAGGUGAAGCAGAAGUGUGCCGGUGUUCAGCUGCAGAAUGAGGACGUAUACAUGGCCACCACCUUCCAGGACUUCAUCCAGAUAUUUGUACGCAAGCUGAGGGGAGAAGACCAGGAGGAGGAGCUCACCAUUGAUUAUGCAACCAAAGAAGUCAACAACAUGACAGUGAAAAUGCCAUACCAGUGUUUUAUCAACGGGAAGUUUGAGGAUGCAGAAGAUGGCAAGACCUACAGUACUAUCAACCCUACGGAUGGAUCUGUGAUCUGUAAGGUCUCCUAUGCAGCAGUGGGUGACGUGGACCGGGCAGUGGCUGCUGCUAAGGAAGCUUUUGACAACGGGCCUUGGGGCAGGAUGAACCCCAGAGACAGAGGAAGUCUCCUUUACAAGCUUGCAGACCUGAUGGAGGAGCAUCAGGAGGAGUUGGCCACCAUCGAGUCCAUCGACUCUGGAGCUGUAUACACGCUUGCUCUGAAGACUCACGUCGGCAUGUCCAUUCAGACUUUCCGCUACUUUGCUGGCUGGUGUGACAAAAUUCAGGGCAAAACCAUUCCCAUCAACCAAGCCAGGCCCAACCGCAACCUGACCUUCACAAAGAAAGAGCCUCUGGGAGUUUGUGCCAUAGUCAUCCCCUGGAAUUACCCCCUCAUGAUGCUGGCUUGGAAAAGUGCAGCCUGUUUGGCAGCUGGAAACACGUUAGUGCUAAAACCAGCACAGGUGACUCCUCUGACUGCGCUGAAGUUUGCUGAGCUUUCUGUGAAAGCUGGAAUCCCUAAAGGAGUCAUUAAUAUUCUACCAGGCUCCGGUGGCAUGGUGGGGCAGCGUCUGUCCGACCAUCCUGACAUUCGCAAGCUGGGUUUCACUGGCUCCACGCCGGUGGGCAAGCAGAUCAUGAAGAGCUGUGCCCUCAGCAACCUGAAGAAGGUUUCUCUGGAGCUGGGCGGGAAGUCCCCUCUCAUCAUUUUCAGUGACUGUGACAUGGACAAGGCCGUGCGCAUGGGCAUGAGCUCUGUGUUCUUCAACAAAGGAGAGAACUGCAUCGCUGCUGGGCGUCUGUUUGUGGAGGAGUCCAUCCAUGACGAGUACAUUCGCCGGGUGGUUGAGGAAAUUAUGAAGAUGAAAAUUGGUGAUCCUCUGGAUCGAUCCACUGAUCACGGCCCACAGAACCACAAGGCCCACCUAGACAAGCUCCUGGAGUACUGUGAGAUCGGGGUGAAGGAGGGAGCCACACUCGUGUAUGGAGGCAAACAGGUCGACAGGCCAGGUUUCUUCAUGCAGCCCACAGUGUUCACCGACGUGGAAGACCAUAUGUUCAUAGCCAAAGAGGAGUCCUUUGGUCCCGUCAUGGUGGUGUCUAAAUUCAGAAAUGGGGAUGUGGACGGAGUUCUUCAGAGAGCCAACGAUACAGAGUACGGCCUGGCCUCUGGUGUGUUCACCCGUGACAUCAACAAGGCCAUGUAUGUGAGCGAACAGCUAGAGGCCGGAACUGUCUUUGUCAACACUUACAACAAAACCGAUGUGGCUUCGCCCUUUGGAGGCUUCAAGCAGUCGGGCUUUGGCAAAGACCUGGGAGAAGACGCCCUCUCAGAAUACCUGAAGACCAAAGCCGUGACCGUGGAGUACUAAAGCCUGGAGUCUCCCUGAAGCUCAGGCUCACAUCUGGAUCAGAAGGUUUUGAGCAACUUGCAUGUCCAGGUUUCAGUGAACGUCUAAAAGGAUGUGGGGCGUUUGUGGUCAUGGGUUCAAAACAAAAGAACACAAACUGGCCACUACUUGGAUUGGGUCUUUUUUUUUAAAGUUUACCUAAAUCCUGGAUUGGGAAUGCAAGAUUUUUCAGUUUGAAUUCAUCACCCCCCCCCCCCCCCCCAACCAUGAUGAAAGCUGCUAAAGGCUGUACUUAAGGAUGAACACUGAACAUCGAUCGUGGACCAGCGAUCAGAGCAGGACAGCAAAAGGUGAACUUCUUCAGCGACAGUUGGAAGAUUUCCUUUGACCGUUUUCACAUUUUGCAUGGAAGCUGGUAGAUGUGAAGGUUCCUGAAUUUUGCUGGGUUUAGACUGACGAAGGUACAUGAAAGCAUCUGAAAUGAGCUGAACAGGAGUCACUGCACCACAAGUGUCACCUUGUGAAAGAAACGGCGUGCCUUCCAACGUUACCUGUGCAUGAAACCACUUUCAAGUUCAUCUGUUAAAAUCUAACUUUCUGACAAGUGUUUCUAAAUGUUGUCCAGUAGAAUUCAGGCUGUGUCAUUUAUUGCAGAUGUAAAAUCUUUUUUACAUUUUUAAACACUGUUUACACUUUUGUAAAUUCUGUUUUUAAAACCGAAACAAGGACAAAAAUAUUCCAGAUAUUUUGGACAUUAUUUGUCAUGAAAAUUUGUAUUGUUCCCCCUAUUUUGUAUAAUUAAACCAAUUAGAUGUUUGUUUCCUUGUGACAAAACUGUGAAUGUAGAGCUGUGGAAAAGGAGCAAAGGGAAGUAAACGCCUCCCAACCCAAGGGUGACAAGUCUCACCAGAAUAAAAUGCAUCCCUUCAAAAAUGUUUGAAA